AUGUUUGUGCGAAGAGAGAAUCUUAACAAUGUGACAACGUUUUCUCUCCAAGGAUUCACAGAUCUGUCUGUUUCCAUCCAGAUCAUCUUAAUAAUUUUUUUCCUGGUUGCCUAUAUCCUGUCCUUAGUGGGAAAUGGUCUCAUAAUCUUGACCAUUUCACUUGACUCUCAUCUCCACACACCCAUGUAUUUCUUCUUGAGGGGUUUGUCCCUACUAGAAAUCUGUUCCAUCAAUGUUACUGUUCCCAAAGCUUUGGGAAUCUUCCUGUCCAUGGAUAGAUCCAUCUCCUUCAUUGGCUGUGCCACUCAAAUGUACAUCUUCUCUGCAGUUGCUGUGUCAGAAUGUCUCUUCCUUGCGAUAAUGGCCUUUGAUCGGUUCAUAGCUAUCUGUCACCCACUAAGAUACACUUCUGUGAUGACCUCCAAAACGUGUUAUCAGUUAGCUAUUGGGCCUUGGGUUGUGGGAUUCCUGACAGCUUUAGUUCACACCACUAUCAUUUUCAGGUUACCAUUCUGUGGCUCUCAUCACGUAGCUCACUUCUUCUGUGACAUUCCACCUCUUCUUCACUUGGCAUGUGUCAACACCUUUAAAAUUGAACUAUAUGUCUUCAUUGUUUGUAUGUGUGGAGCUACAAUCCCCUUUCUUCUUAUACUGUGCUCCUACAUGAACAUAUUGUCCUCUGUCUUCCUUCUACAUUCCAAGGAGGCCCGUCAGAAGGCCAUGUCCACAUGUUCUGGACACCUGGUCUCUGUUUUCAUAUUCUAUGGCACCGCCAUGUAUGUUCAUCUUUGUCUUGGGACACCUUUUUCUUCAUACAAGGACAGAAUGACGGCCCUUUUCUAUUGUAUCAUAAUUCCAACAAUCAACCCUCUAAUCUACAGCCUGAAGAACAAGGAUAUGAAAGCUUCAUUGCUUAAAAAAAAAGUCAAUAUUCUUACUACCCUCUCUACAUAG